GUUAGACCCUGGAGUGGAGCUGAGCGAGCAGAACAGUCAGAAUUUAUUAUCUUGUCCAAAAAGCUUGAAUAUUAGACGGUUGUUUGACACCUGAUUCACGACCGACACUUAUUUCCUUGUGCAUCUGCAAAGUAAGAAAAACUAGCAAGUCUUCAUGAGAUAAAAUGCAGAAAUUUUUCAACCAGUGACUGUUCCAAAUUCCGUUCAUCAUGUCGAGCAGUAAUGCCGAAACUAACGUUGAUGCCACAAAGGCAGUGAAGAACGGCACUAAUGGCACUGCCUCGCCCACCAAUGGCACUAAUGGUGCCACUUCAUCCACCAAUGAAAAGGGGAAACCACGAAAGGAGAGCCUGAAGCGUGUUGUAUUCAGUUUGUCAGAGGACCCCAUAGACGAAGACAUGAUAAGUGGUCAGGAUCCGAUGAGCAAUGAAGGGGAAAGCCCCGUGUUUACAAAUCAAGAGGAGAAGGCUAAAGGCGUUGACACCAAGCGGUCACGUUGUCAGUCCCUGCAACACCACCAGCCAUGCCCUGCUUCAUUAUUAAGCCAAAAAAGGUCAUCAUUCGAUGACUUUCGCCACACUAUGUCUGGCAUGAACUUGGUCGACCUUGGCAAUCAGCCAAUCAGUAAGAGCGAAUGGAGACAAGGAAAGCGUGACAGCAAGGAUUUCUCUGUUGCCACGCCCACCGAGUUUGUCAAGAAGUUUGGAGGAGACUAUGUCAUCAAUAAGGUUCUGAUUGCUAACAAUGGCAUUGCAGCAGUCAAGUGCAUGCGUUCCAUCAGACGAUGGGCCUUCGAGGUGUUCCGCAGUGAUAGAGCCAUACGUUUUGUUGUCAUGGUAACACCAGAGGAUCUGACGGCUAAUGCUGAGUACAUCAAGCACGCUGACCACUACGUACCAGUACCAGGGGGUUCUAAUAACAACAACUAUGCUAAUGUGGAACUGAUUCUUGAUAUUGCUAAGAGAGAGCAGGUGGAUGCAGUGUGGGCGGGGUGGGGACACGCCUCGGAGUACCCUAAACUGCCCGAGAUGCUCCACAAGACUAAUAUCGCUUUCAUUGGUCCCUCUGAGAAGGCCAUGUGGGCUCUAGGUGAUAAAAUUGCCUCGUCUAUCGUCGCCCAGAGUGCCAACGUGCCCACGUUGCCCUGGAGCGGAGAUGCCUUGUCCAUUAGUUGGACUGAAGAGGAUGCUCGGAGCGGUAACAUCAUUACAGUCCCACCUGACAUUUAUCAGAAGGGAUGUGUCAAUGAUGUGGAGGACGCUUUGAAGCAAGCUGAGCGCAUUGGUUUCCCUGUUAUGGUGAAGGCUUCCGAAGGUGGUGGAGGCAAGGGCAUCCGGAAAGUAGAAAAUAAGGAGGACUUUGCUAGUCUAUUUAGACAAGUACAAAAUGAAGUACCAGGAUCGCCAGUCUUUGUCAUGAAGCUUGCUAAGAGUGCAAGGCAUUUAGAAGUUCAACUGAUCGCUGACAAGUAUGGCAACGCUAUUUCUUUAUUUGGUCGUGAUUGCUCCAUCCAGCGUCGUCACCAGAAGAUCAUUGAAGAGGCACCUGCAACGGUCGCUCAACCUAGCGUCUUCAGAGAGAUGGAGAAGGCUGCCGUCAAGCUCGCCAAGCUGGUAGGCUACGUCAGUGCAGGGACAGUGGAAUACCUCUACAACGACCAUGAUAGCUCCUUCUACUUUCUGGAGUUGAACCCACGUCUUCAAGUUGAACAUCCCUGCACUGAGAUGGUAGCUGGGGUCAAUCUGCCGGCCUUGCAGUUUCAGGUUGCCAUGGGAAUUCCGCUACACAGAAUCAAGGAUAUUCGUGUUUUGUACUCUGAGAAUCCUUGGGAUGACACACCCAUUGACUUUGAUAAUCCUCGUGUGCUUCCGGAACCCAAAGGUCACGUCAUUGCCUGCAGAAUCACAAGUGAAAACCCCGAUGAGGGAUUCAAGCCUAGUUCAGGAACGGUGACGGAGCUCAACUUCCACAGUAAUAAGAACGUUUGGGGUUACUUCAGCGUGGCAGCAUCAGGAGGCCUUCAUGAGUUUGCUGACUCUCAGUUCGGCCAUUGCUUCUCAUGGGGAGAGGAGAGGGAGGACGCACGGGAAAACAUGGUAGUGGCGUUGAAGGAGUUGUCAAUCCGAGGUGAUUUCAGAACCACCAUUGAGUACCUUGUCAUGCUUCUGGAGACUAAGAAUUUCCAGAACAAUGAGUUUGACACCGCCUGGCUGGAUGCACUCAUCUCCGAGAAAGUCCAGGUCGAGAAACCAAACACCGUCCUAGGGGUAAUCUGCGGAAGUCUCCACAUCGCUGAUUCCUCAAUCAAAGAAAGUUUCGCCAACUACCAGACCUCACUAGAAAGAGGACAAGUGCUGCCGGCCAACGUGCUGAGCAACACAAGGGAAGUAGAGAUGAUCUACGAGGGCUACAAGUACAUCAUCCGUGUAACCAGACAAGGACCUAGCAGCUACUUCCUCUGUCUUAACAACUCUACCUUAGAGGUUGACGUUCAUCGUAUGACGGACGGUGGAAUGCUGGUGUCGUUUGAUGGAAGUAGUUAUACUUCAUACUUCAAGGAGCAGAUUGACAGUUACCGCAUCACCAUCGGCAACCAGACCUGCGUCUUUGAGAAGGAGAACGACCCCUCCAUCUUAAGAUCCUCCUCAGCAGGGAAACUCAUCCAGUACCUCAUCGAGGACGGAGGUCAUGUCUUCAGCGAUCAAGCCUACGCUGAGAUCGAGGUCAUGAAGAUGGUCAUGAGUCUACGAGUUCCAGAAAGUGGAUGUGUUCACUUUGUUAAGCGUCCUGGUGCCGUCUUGGAUCAAGGAAGUGUUGUGGCUAAGCUUGAACUCGAUGAUCCAACGAGAGUCAAUAAGGCCCAGGUAUUUGAAGGGGAUCUACCCAUAAGGCAAUUACCACUGUUCCAGGGACUCAAUCAGAAUCAGAUAUUCCGUAAGUCGAGGGAAGUUCUGGAGAACAUCAUGAACGGAUUCUGUCUACCAGAGCCUCACUUCACCAAGAAGAUGACGGAGACUGUGGAACGUUUAAUGACUGUCAUCCGAGACCCUGCCCUCCCCUUGCUGGAGAUGCAAGAGAUGAUCGCAGCUGUGUCCGGUAGACUGCCCUCAAUGGUUGAGAAAGAAAUCCGACGACAGCUGAACGCAUACGGAAGCAACAUCACGUCUGUCCUGUGUCAGUUCCCAAGCCAACAGAUUGCGAAUGUCGUUGACCGCCAUGCUGCUACACAAAAACGCUCCGAGAGGGACGCAUUUUUUAUGCACACACAGGGCAUUGUACAGCUUGUCCAGAGGUAUCGGAACGGCAUCCGCGGUCACAUGAAGUCGGUUGUUCAGGAUCUUCUACGCAUGUAUCUGCGCGUCGAGACCAAGUUCCAGCAGGGGCCGUACGACAAGUGCGUGAUGAGCCUACGGGACGAGUUCAAGUCUGAAAUGGAGACAGUCGUCUGGAGUAUUUUCUCUCACUCUCAGAUCUCCAAGAAGAAUCAGCUGGUGGUGCAGAUCAUUGAGCGCAUAAGUACUCGUGAGGCAGGACUCACUGAAGAACUCUCCGAGAUACUCGGCGAGCUGACGACACUGAGUAAGCAAGACCACUCAAAGGUCGCUCUUAGAGCUCGCCAGGUCCUGAUAGCCGCUCACCAACCAUCGUAUGAACUCAGGCAUAACCAAGUGGAGAGUAUUUUCCUGUCCGCUAUUGACAUGUAUGGACAUCAGUACUGCCCAGAUAGCCUUAAGAAACUCAUCAUGUCUGAGACAACCAUCUUUGACGUCCUACCAAGCUUCUUUUUCCACAGCAACCCUGUGGUCAGGAGAGCUGCAUUGGAAGUUUAUGUGAGGAGAGCCUACAUCGCCUAUGAGCUAAAUUGCCUUCAACAUUCUCAACUCAGGAACGCACUCUGUGUACUGGAAUUCCAAUUUAUGUUGCCCAGUUCCCACCCAAACAGUACUGUCACCUCCCCAAGGACAAGGAUUAUGCCUGAUUCCAUUCAUCAGAGGACUGCCAGCUUUGGGGAAGAUCCGCUCGGAUCAGAAAUCCCUCCAUGUCAACGAAUGGGUAUCAUAGCUGCCUUCUCAUCAUUGGAGGAAUUCCAGAAUUAUUUCGAUGAUGUCAUCGAUCAGUUUGCCGAUGUACAAUUCAAGUUCUCGAGUUUCUCCGAAGCAGACAGAAAAGCAAGCUUAUGUCCCCAGGGAGAGCCAAUCCACAUUGUGAAUGUUGCGAUCCACAUGUACGAUAGUACUCUAACCGACAACCAGGUCGCUGACAAAUUCCUCGUCUUCUGCCAAGAAAGGAAAAAGCAGCUUUUAAGCCGAGAUAUUCGCAGGAUCACAAUCCUCUACUGGAGCAAGAAUGACUUCCCCAAGUAUUUCACAUACAGAGCUCGCCUGGAUUUCCAAGAGGAUCGAAUCUAUCGUCAUCUUGAGCCGGCUCUAGCCUUCCAGUUAGAGAUCAACAGAAUGAGUAACUUUGAUCUGCAGCUCAUGGAUCGAGCAAACUACAGAAUGCAUCUAUACCUCGGAUCAGCCAAGGUUGCUAAGGACCAGGAGGUGACAGACUAUCGAUUCUUUGUCCGAGCCAUCAUCCGACACUCGGAUCUGAUCACUAAGGAGGCGUCGUUUGAAUAUCUUCAGAAUGAGUCGGAGAGAAUGCUCCUUGAGGCCCUGGAUGAACUGGAACUGGCUUUCAAUCAUCCAGAUUCCAAGCGAACCGAUUGCAAUCACAUCUUCCUCAACUUUGUGCCGACCGUGUUUAUGGACCCGAUGAAGGUAGUCGACAGUCUGAGAUCCAUGGUGCUGAGAUACGGACACAGGUUGUGGAAGCUCAGAGUCCUUCAAGCAGAGCUUAAGAUGACUGUCAAGUUGCAGGCUGGGAAGUCGAUUCCGAUUCGUAUUUUCAUCACGAAUGAGUCUGGCUUCAGUCUGGAGAUCACUCUGUAUAAAGAAGAAACGGACCCCGUCACCGGACAGGUGAAGUUCACGUCGUUCACUGAGAAGCAAGGAACCCUCCAUGGUCGACUGGUCAAUACACCGUAUGUCACUAAGGACCAUCUUCAACAUAAACGCUACCAAGCCCAGAGUAUGGGAACCACCUACGUUUACGACUUCCCUGAUAUGUUUGAACAGAAACUGCGUCAGAUUUGGAAGGAGCACAAGAAAGUUUACAAAGAUACAGUUAUUCCUGAGGAAGUGACUAGCAAUAGUGAGCUGGUACUCGACAGUCAGGGUGGCCUGGUCUCCAUGAACAGAAUGCAAGGAGAGAAUAAAAUCAGCAUGGUGGCCUGGAAGUUCACCUUCAUGACCCCUGAGUAUCCAGAAGGUCGUGAUGUCAUCAUCAUCUCCAAUGACAUCACAUUCAAGAUCGGAUCUUUCGGUCCGGAGGAAGAUAAACUCUUUGAGAAAGCCUCAGAGUUGGCACGAUCCCUGGGUAUUCCUCGCAUUUACCUAUCGGCAAACAGUGGAGCAAGGAUUGGUCUGGCCGAGGAGGUCAAACAAAGGUUCAAGAUAGCCUGGGAAGACCCUAAGAUACCAGACAAGGGUUUCAAGUAUCUGUACCUAACACCAUCUGACUACAAGCAACUCUUGGCUCUCAACUCUGUACGUGCUGAACACAUAGAGGAAGAUGGGGAGUCUAGAUACAAGAUCACUUACAUCAUUGGUCAAGAGGAUGGUAUAGGUGUUGAGAAUCUGAGCGGAAGUGGAAUGAUUGCUGGUGGAACCUCCAAAGCCUAUGAAGAGAUCAUCACUCUCAAUAUGGUGACUUGUCGUGCAAUUGGCAUCGGUUCCUACGUGGUACGUCUCGGCCAGCGUAUCGUCCAAGUUGAGAACUCCCACAUCAUCCUAACAGGAGCUGGAGCUCUCAACAAGGUUUUAGGACGUGAAGUGUACACAUCUAACAACCAGCUCGGCGGAAUCCAAAUCAUGCAUAACAAUGGAGUGACUCACGCUGUUGCAACAGAUGACUCCGAUGGUGUCUACACACUACUCAAAUGGCUAGCCUAUAUGCCCAAGUGCCAUGAUGCUGGUGUACCCAUAAUGCAAAGUAUAGAUGCCAUCGAUCGAGAAAUUGACUUUGUUCCGACCAAGGCUCCUUAUGAUCCCAGACAUAUGCUAGCCGGAAGAAUGAAUCCAGAUAAUCCAUUGGAAUGGCAGACAGGUUUCUUUGACAAGGGUUCCUUCAUGGAGAUACUUCAGGCUUGGGCUCAAACUGUCGUCGUCGGUCGAGCAAAAUUGGGUGGUAUUCCAGUAGGUGUUGUUGCUGUAGAGACUCGUACUGUCAAUGUGGACAUACCAGCAGAUCCAGGCAAUCCAGACUCUGAAGCUAAGUCCAUAGCACAAGCAGGUAUGGUCUGGUUCCCUGACUCGGCCUUCAAGACAGCACAGGCAAUCAAGGACUUUGGGCGGGAGCAGCUUCCGCUUAUAGUCUUUGCUAACUGGCGAGGAUUCUCUGGUGGAAUGAAAGACAUGUACGAGCAAGUGCUGAAGUAUGGAUCGUACAUCGUGGACGCCCUGUGCGAAUACAGACAGCCUGUGAUGGUGUACAUUCCACCCCAUGGUGAACUGAGAGGAGGAUCCUGGGUGGUGAUUGACUCCACCAUUAAUCCAAACUACAUGGAGAUGUAUGCGGAUGAAGACAGCAGGGGUGGAGUUCUUGAACCGCAGGGUACCGUGGAGAUUAAAUUCCGCAAGAAGGACCAAGUGAAGUUGAUGCGAAGGAUUGAUGCGACGUGUAUCUCUCUACUGAGUCAGAUUGCAGCACCGGGUGUAAACAGAGAAGAAAAGGCUGCUUUGGAGAAGAAGUUGAAGGAUCGCGAGGAAUACUUACUACCGAUCUAUCACACUGUGGCGGUGAACUUUGCUGACCUCCACGAUAGAGCAGGAAGAAUGCAAGAGAAACAAGUCAUCUCGGACAUUCUCCAGUGGAAGACCUCUCGGCAGUUCUUCUACUGGCGUCUUCGUCGUCUACUCCUUGAGAAUAAGAUGUGUGAGCGGAUCCAGAAGGUGAACAAGAAGCUGUCUAGAGGGGAGGUGUUUGCUAUGCUCAGGAGGAUCUUUGUAGAAGACAAGGGUACAGUCAAUUCUUAUCUCUGGGAGGACAACAAAGCUGCCUCUGAUUGGUUGUUGGAUCAAGAGAGACAGGAGAGAGAAGACAGUCAGUCGGCCAUCUUGGACAACAUCAAAGCCAUCAAGAGAGAUCAAGUUAUACAGCACAUCAAACAGAUCAUUCAAGACAAUCCGGAGAUUGCUAUGGAUUCCAUUGUGCACAUCAGUCAACAACUUAAUCCUAAUCAACGAACUGAGGCCAUGAGGAUACUAUCCAAGAUCGGAUCACAUGAUUGAAUCUAGACCAAUUAGCAUGAGGCCAUUGGAUCACAUGACUCCAGCCAGACCAAUCAGCAGUGUCCAUUGGAUCACAUGACUCCAGCUAGACCAAUCGGCAGUGGCCAUUGGAUUACAUGACUCCAGCUAGACCAAUCAGCAGUGGCCAUUGGAUCAUAUGAUUGAAGCUAACCAAUCAGCUGUGGCCAUUGGAUCCUAUGACUCCGCUGAAUGCUAGACCCUAUUCAAAUUGGUGGCUACAGCUAGGACUGCCGUUGAUUUCACAAAGAGUUAGGACCUGCUUAUCUCG